CGAUCUCUUGACCAGCAACUUCAUCCUUCUCGCGUCCUUCUCAAACAAAAACACCCCUCUAUCCACCCCUUCUCCGAAUACCCUAUUUAAGGCUUUUGCACUGCCCAAGCUUGAGCUACUUUUGGUCUUCUUUACAACUACACACAACAACUAUCAACAUCGCACCGAUAACAACAAGACCCGAUCUUCAAGAUGUCUGUCGUAUCUCUCUUGGGCGUCAACGUCCUCAACAACCCAGCCAAGUUUGGUGACUCUUACGAAUUUGAGAUCACCUUUGAAUGCCUAGAACCACUCCAGAAGGAUCUUGAAUGGAAAUUGACCUACGUUGGAUCUGCUACCUCCGAUGAACAUGAUCAAGAACUCGACUCCCUCCUUGUCGGCCCUAUCCCAGUUGGCGUAAACAAGUUCAUUUUCGAGGCAGAUCCACCCAAUACAAGCCGCAUUCCUGAUGCCGAAAUCCUUGGUGUUACUGUUAUACUCCUAACCUGCGCCUACGAUGGCAGGGAAUUUGUUCGCGUCGGAUACUACGUCAACAAUGAGUAUGAUUCUGAGGAGCUCAAUGCCGAUCCCCCAGCCAAGCCCAUUCUGGAGAAGGUGCGCCGCAACGUACUGGCAGAGAAGCCAAGAGUCACCCGAUUCGCUAUCAAAUGGGAUUCCGAGGCAUCUGCCCCAGCCGAAUUCCCACCUGAGCAACCCGAGGCCGACUUAGUCGCUGAUGGAGAUCGAUAUGGUGCAGAGGAGGCCGAGGAUGAGGAGGAAGAAGCUGUAGAGGGUGGCGAGGCGGCUGCUGCUGAUCCAGAUGCCAUGGUUGACGAUUCUGAGAUGGCUGGAGCCGAGGGUGAUGCCGCGAUUGAGGAAUCUGAUGACGGAAGCGAGGAUCUUGAGGCCGAGAGCAGCGGAAGUGAGGAUGAGGAGCUCGAGGAGGAAGAAGAGGGCGCUGGUGAGGGUGACGCCGAUAUGGAAAUGGAUGGUGUCGAGAAGCCCCACGCAAACGGUGCUGUUCCUGUUCAAGCUGACGCUGUUAUGGCUCACUGAUUUCUAUACCCCAUGACUUUACAAGCAGCAAGCAGCAUACUUCGUUUAGAUUUCGUUAAGGGAGGGAUGGAGUUUCGACGAAUGCCUUAUGGAUGGAUGAAGAGUGGACAAUGCAGAUGACACGGAAUAAAUGAUGAUUACAAUGCAUGCACG